AUGUACUCGAUCAGGAUACAGUAUGCUAAGGGUGUUACUCAUAUGAUGCCUUCCGCAGCGGGGUCUAGAGAGGCCCUCAACAGAGCUCGAGCUCGGAGGUUGUCGGGGGACAGGACGGCGGCGUGGUAUGCUAAUGCUCCGUCACCAUAUGCUACUCUGGCUAGAAUACGUGCUGUAGAGACUUCGAGGCACUUCGUCAAGAUGCGGUAUAGGAGUGGAGAUCAUAGCGUUUCGGAAAAAUAUGUUCUUCCCGAAAUUGCCGCGAAAAGUGUGCAGCAGGAGGCAGGACAAGAGAUGCAGAGAUCGCGGUUCCGAUGUGAUGCUCUGUUGAAGGACCUCGACCGUUGUAGAAAGGAACUAAAGAGGACCAAGGAUCAAUUCCAUGACGCCUUGGUUGCCUCCCAGGACUACAACUGGAAUGCCAAUAAGAAGUCCUACUUCGCCUCCUUUGAAAUUCUCUCUGGUUAG